UUUCGCCGGCCGCACCCCAAUUGUAUCGCACAUGCGUUGAGUUUUCACACAAACGUGCCCAUUUCGUAUACAUUCGUGUGCGUACAUCUCUAUGAUAUGAUCGCACAUGUGAACAGCUGAUUUUGUUUACCGAAUCUGUGUCGAUAGUCCUCGCCGAUUUCUUGUCGAAAUGGGUACUGCUGAAGGAGAGAACCUCACAACAUUGAUACCCAUGCCUGCUAAGAAUAUAGAUACGAAAUGUGAGAUGUGCAAGCAGGAACCAUCCAAGUACACCUGUCCAAGAUGCCUGAUAAAGACAUGCUGCUUAUCAUGUGUGAAGAUCCACAAGUCUCAGAGAGGAUGUUCUGGCGUUAGAGAUAAGACUGCAUACGUUCCUAUCAAGAAGUUCACAGAGAAUCACCUUUUGAGCGAUUACCAAUUGUUAGAAGACAUGGACAGGAAGCGUUAUUCUGCUCAGCAAGAUGUGAAAAGCAAACCAGGCUACUUGAACUUUAGAUGGAAGCUUGUGAUUAAAAAGGCAGCUGAGAGAGGUGUAAGGCUGAGACUGUUACCACAUUUCUUCUCUAAACACAAAGAAAACUCCACAACAUUUUUAAAGAAACCUAAGGUAUUAGCUUGGCAUGUGAAGUGGAUUUUUCCUCUUUCUGGUGCUGAAUUCACAGAUGUAAGACUGAAUGAGGACGUUAUUUUGAGAGAAGCAUUAGACAAGUAUCUUCAUCCUCAAAAAGCCGAUCCUGUCAUCCGACAAAGAUUAAAGAAGUAUUGUUCCAGAGGAAUGGAUGAUGUAAUGGUUUAUAUGAAGGUUGAAGACACACCUGCUAACACUGUAAGGUACCACAGCAUAGGUUUAGAUAGGACUCUUGGUGCUAACCUAAAAGGGAAGAUUGUUGUAGAGUAUCCAACAUUCCAUGUUGUACUACGAGAGAAUGCUGAAGAUUAUCAUUGGCAUGAUGAUGAUAAUGAAUCCCAUCCAAGUUCUUCAGAAUCAAGUAGUAACUCAACGGAUCUAAGCCAGACCAAGGAAGAAAAGGAUAUUGGAGAAAAGGAAAUACUUCCAGGAGAAUCGACGUCACAUGGAGAAGAUGAUAGGACUCAGCCUUCAAAUAUACAGGACCAAAAUAUAGAUGAUGAGGGGGAUGAUGAUGGUCCCCCGGAAGAAACAUCAUCAAACCAAGUGGAAGAUACCAGAUGAAAGUGAACAAAAUAAGAACUGUAAUUUCUGAAGGUUUCCAUGGCAACAAAGGAAAGAGGGUAGAGGCUUCACGGUACACCAUGAAUUCAUUUGUGGGCAAGUAUUAGUCCUGAAAAUGACAACCCAAACAGAGUAUAUAUAGCUUGCAAGAAAACACUUGCUGAAAUGUCAAGUUUGGGUAGUCCUUUUGGGGACCAUCACAUACCCACAAAAGAAUAUGUGUUGUACUGUGAUGUUAAGAACUGUUGCAUUCUUAGGUCAACUUGAAAGGUCGUUAUCAUUCUUAUC